CUCACGGAGCUUUUUCAGCGUUCCGUAUGGAGGCCAUGGACGAGGCGAAGGCCUUCGGGCUUCCUGCCAUAAGAGGCUGCGUAGCAAGGCCACCUAAAGCAAGAGGUGGCAAAGGGAAAAAUCAGCAAGAUCAAGGAGAGCAGGGAACAAGCGGAACAAAAAGUGCUAGAAGCGCAGACGCCAUCGCGCUGGACAUGGAAAAGGCCCGCGCGCAGUUGGUGCGACGGAUAGGGAAACUCCACUGGUUUUGGAUUCUAGAUUUCGCACUGUUGUAUGUUGCGCACACUCUUUC